CGCGGGCGGAUGGACGGCCGUGGUGAGGCCGGGCCGUCGGGGUACGGCGAAGAGGGCGAGGACGACGAUGACGAGGAGGGACGGGAGGGCGGCGCUGCGGGCACGCAGAGGGCCAGACUGCCCCCCAUCGCGGGCGGCGCCUCAGAGCGGGUCAAACGGAAGGUGAAGAAGAAAAAGAAGAAGAAGACCAAGGGAAUGGGCAGGGGAGACGAUAAACAUCAGAGUCGAGGCCUGAAGAGUCAGCCGCUCUCUUCGUCCUUUCAUGACGUCUUAAGUCCCAGCCAAGACCACGGCCUGAAGCCAGAGCACGGACAGGACAAAGAGCACAACAAACACAACGCUUCUUACGCCGCUGCUGCAAGUCUCCCUGACUGUGCCCAAAUAGAAGAGGACCUUUCCAACCAGAUCCACGAAAGUCUGCGUUGGGAUGGAAUUCUCGCCGACCCGGAGGCAGAAAAAGAAAGGAUUCGCAUAUAUAAACUGAACCGGAGGAAGCGGUAUCGGAUUUUGGCCUUCAAGGGCUUCCACUCGGAUCCCUGUGACGAGGAGACCCCUGAGAACCCGCCCUGCCUCUCAGACAGAAACAGCAGAGUCGGCAGCAGGCAGCCCGCACGGAGAGCCAGCCACGGCAGUCACGACGCUGAAGGAGGCCUGGCUGCAGAGCUCCCCGACUCGGAUUUAGCUGCUGCCCUGCUGCAGUCAAAGGCCACCCGGGAUACUGACAAACUUAUCAUUUUUCCUGACCACAAGUUUCUGUGUUAA